AUGGCUCAAUUCGGUGCCAUGCAAGACCAGGGAGCCCAGCGCCGACGAUGGAUUGCUGAUCCAAGUGAUCCCGGUUGCUACAUUGAACGAUCCACGCUGACCUAUCCCCAUCUCCUGGAGAAAUUCACGAAUUUGACAACAAAGCACGUCCAUCCAGAGGAUGAUUUAGAUGAACACGUAUUGGAUGCGAUGGUUGAACUUGAAGAAAGCAAGGUAAUAGCUACUGACCGGCGGCAGUGGAGAAACUUCGACAUAUACUCACCUUUACUAAACGUUUCAGCAAACACAGGGCCAGGUAUGAUCAUCAUCGAUGUCAUGUUCCGGGCUCGGCUAGGGGGACCCAUUACUGCUGAACUAAUGGCUAAUGUGCCUGCAGCUUCCGCUGUGGCCCAGGCCUUGUACACACGAGACUUUGAUCUCAAGGAUCUACGGUGCGUUUUUGUGAACUGUAUCGUUAACAAAAAUACUAUAGGUUUCAUCAUGGAUCAUAUAUACAAGCCUGAGAUAUUUGCAGAGUUUCCUGAUCUUGACUUUGUGCCUGUGGCUUGGGAUUAUGGAACUCCGGAGUAUGACGGUCUGCUCGGUACUCGCAUAGGUAGGGUUGUCGCAUAUUUGAUUCUUGGAGCGUUUGAACGAGGUGCGCAUCGGAUUUCUCGGAUUACAACUUACAUGUCUGAAGGGCUCAGUGCUACUCAUUUGCGCUUUGAUAUUGAGGCCAUUUGA